AUGGAAAGUAAUAAAGAUCAAAGUGAAAAAGAUCAGACCAAAUAAGAGGAGAAGGAUUAGAAUCAGCAAUAGAAGUAAGAGGAUACCACUUAAUAAACUACAAACUAAUCUGAGAGUAAGAGCAAGAAAAAGAGAAACAAGAAGAAGGCUAAUACUUCCUAGUCAUAGAAUCAAUAGCAAGAUUAAAAAUAGACGGAUGAGUCAAAGGAGCAGGUAGAAGAGGAUUAGUAAGAGUAAGAGGAAUAGCCAGCUCAGGAGGAAGUAUAAUAGAAUCAGGAAAAAGCUUCAUAGGAAUAGAUAAGCUAAGAGGAAGAGAAAUCAUCAAGUUAAGAAGUUGAAGUGAAAGAAUCUAGUAAACCAAAUUAGACCACUCAAGUUGAAGAUGAGAAAGAAAAUGAACAAUCAGGAGAAGGAAAGCAGUAGCUAUAACCAAAGGAAGAAACCAAGCAAUAACAAUAAACGGAUCAGCAAAAGUAGAGUGAAGUUAAGUUAGAAGAUAAGUAGUAGGAGUAAUAGGACAUUAAAUCAGAAGAAGCUUAAGAACAGAAAUAAUCCUAUGUUAAGCAAGAGAAAGAUGAUUAGAAAGUAGAUGAUUCAAAAGAAGAAUUAAAGGAGUAAAAGUAAGAAUAAGGGGAAUCAAAAUAAGAAGAAAAGCCUUCAAAAACUUAAGAGGAGUCAUAGAAAGAGGAAGACUCUGAGAAAAAGCAACCAUAAUAAGAAUAAAGCUCAGCCACAUAAUAGGAUAAUAUUGAAUAGUAGCAAGAAGCCUAAAAUCAUCAAACAGAAGAGGGUACCAGAAAUGAAGAGCAAGAAGUUGAGAGGGAAGAAGAGGAUUAGGAUUAAGAUGCACCAAGUUAAGAUCAGUCAUCAUCUGCGUCAUCACAACAAAUUGAUCCGAACGCAGGCACUAAGAAUUAAGCUGACGUCAUUGAGGAUUAUCCUACGAGGACAAACAAAGACAAACUCAAUGUACCUUAUAUUGAGAAGUAGAAUGGAAACAUAUUAGCUAAUAGGAAAGACUUUGAGAAUGCUGUUAUGCAUUACAAUAAGAGUCUCUUUGGUAUGAAGAUGCUGUUUGAGAACGAGAAUAAUAUUAUUGGAGAUCAUGAGACUGCUAUUAAGUACAUAAAGGAAAUAGAAAUACCAGUUUGCUUGAAUCUAAGUCUCAGCUAUUUAAAGAUAGAAUAGUAUCACUAUAGUAUCAAGUAUGCUUCUCAAGUUAUUGAGAAAGAUGAAAAUAAUCAAAAGGCAUUGUAUAGAAGAGGUAGAGCGUAUAUGAUGAUUGGUGAAUUCAGAAAAGCCAAAGAAGAUUUCAAUAGAGCAUUAGAACUUAGCAAUAAUAAAGAUUAAGAAGUUAUUAAAGCACUUCAUGAAUUAAAGGAAAAGCAAGACAUUUCUCGCCAGAGAGAGAUAGAGUUCAGUAAGAAAAUGAUUAGCCAAUAAGAAGAAAAAGAGAAGCAGAGAAAGCAGUAAUAAGAUGAAGUACUAGCAACAUAAGAAGCCUAAGGAAACGAUGAAUAAGGAAAAACUGAAGAAGAACUAUAGUAAACAUAAGAGGAGGAAGAGAAAAGACGUGAACUUGACAAUGCAUUUUCUUCAUUCCUAGCUCUCAUUAGAACAAUUCUAAUGCUACCUAUGUAUUUGUACUUCAACGUAUGCGAGAGAGUAGUCAGAUUUAUGUGCAAGCUGAUGUUUGUAUUCUUCAAAUUAGCUGAAAUGAUCCCAGUUAUUGGACCUAAAGUAAGUUAGAUGCUAGACUGGGUAGUUCAUCUGCCAUUCGUAAGCUGGACUCUUAAAUACAAAGAAGAUUGA